AUGAAGCUUCAAACAAGCCUUGCAUGCUUGCUAAGCACAGCCGUCGUUGCCUCAGCGAAGGUACCAACUGUGUGGCUCGCAGGUGACUCGACGACAGCGCCCUUGGGUGGCAAAAACGGUACAGAGGGUUGGGGUCAGUAUUUGAAGUACUCCUUUGGCGACCGAGCCUUAGUGAACAACUCUGCAUUUGCUGGAAGAUCUGCGCGUUCGUUUACCCGCGAAGGCCGCUUCGACAGUAUCGCGCAGGGUCUGCAACCAGGAGAUUGGGUUGUCAUUGAGUUUGGCAUCAACGAUGCAGGAGCGCCAAUCAAUGGGUCUACCAGCUCGACUGGUGACAAGGGUCGAGCGGACUGCCCUGGCGCGGGUGACGAGACCUGCAGCGUGGUUUUCAACAAUACAACGGAAAUCGUCCAGACUUUCCCGACCUACAUUAAAGCCGCAGCGAAGAAGUACCUUGAUUUGGGGGCUGCUGGUGUGGUGAUCAACGAACAGCUACCGACAAACGUAUGGGAGUCGGGUAACUACUCGUACAAAUCGCCGGUAUUCUCUUACUACAGCCAACUGGCUACUAUCGAGCUCGGAGGUCCAGAAUCCAACGUAUACUUCGUACAGCAUGGACAGUAUGCCGCUCAAGCGCAGAAAUUGCUUGGAAAAGCCGUCGUAGAUGAAAAUUACCCGAUGGAUCAUACGCACACAGCACCUUUCCUUGCGGAUGUGCACAGUCAGGCUUUCGUUCUGGGGUUGAAGUGUGGAACGAGCCCUCUCGCAAAUCUGGUUGUCAACGCGACUGCCCGUAUCGAGCAGGAGAGGGGCGCAUGUCUGCCUGCAAACGCUACGAUUCCAAUCUGA